UUGAUGGCGGAUGGGGAGAGUUUUCCAAUUAUAGUGCAUGUUCACUUGAAUGUGGCGGAGGUACCCAAGAACGUGUUCGAUUAUGUAACAACCCAGAGCCACAAUAUGGAGGCUCUCAGUGUCUAACUGUUGAGGGAGUAGAGCAACUCGAGGAAUCACAGAUUGAACCAUGUAACACACAGCCAUGUCCAAUUGAUGGAGGAUGGGGAGAGUUUUCCAAUUAUAGCGCAUGUUCACUUGAAUGUGGCGGAGGUACACGGGAACGUGUUCGAUUAUGUAACAACCCAGAGCCACAAUAUGGAGGCUCUCAGUGUUUAACUGUUGAGGGAGUAGAGCAACUCGAGGAAUCACAGGUUGAACCAUGUAACACACAACCAUGCCCAAUUGAUGGCGGAUGGGGAGAGUUUUCCAAUUAUAGUGCAUGUUCACUUGAAUGUGGCGGAGGUACACAAGAACGUGUUCGAUUAUGUAACAACCCAGAGCCACAAUAUGGAGGGUCUCAGUGUCGAACUGUUGAGGGAGUAGAGCAACUCGAGGAAUCACAGGUUGAACCAUGUAAUACACAACCAUGCCCAAUUGAUGGCGGAUGGGGAGAGUUUUCCAAUUAUAGUGCAUGUUCACUUGAAUGUGGCGGAGGUACACAAGAACGUGUUCGAUUAUG